AUGGCGUUUGAUGACACCCAAGAGCUUCUGUGGACAGGCAAUGAAUUUGGGCGAGUUACCUCCUUCUACGGACCAGAGCUGCAAAGGUACACGUCUGUGAAAGCACACCCCGCUUCUGAGGGACCGGUGCGCCAGCUUCUAUUCCAUGAGAAAGGGGUAUUAUCAGUGACCUCUAAAAGCGUUCAUCUUAUAUCCCGGCGUGGCCUGACGCUAUGGCAUCUUUCCCAUGAAGAGAUGGAAGAUCUCCGCUGCAUGAGCUUCACUCAGCAGGCUUCGAAGAUUCUUGUUGCUGGUUGCCAGCCUGCAAUGUUUCACAUUGACAUUGACAAAGGAACCAUUGUCGAGAAAUUAAUCACGGAAUACAAUUACACGAUUAUGAAAAAGAGCCACUACUUGUGUGCUGCGACUGAUACUGGCUCUGUCAAUGCCCUGAGCCUAUCCGAUUUUAGUGUUGUGAAGAGUUGGAAGGCACAUGGUACGGUUGUUAGUGAUAUGGAUGCGCAGAACGACUACCUCGUUACCUGCGGCUUUUCGGUGCGGCAUCUAGGCUCGCCGAUUGUCGACCCUUUGGCGAACGUUUAUGAUUUGAAAACUUUGACUCCUUUGCCCCCUAUCCCCUUUCACGCUGGUGCUGCCUAUGUCCGAAUGCAUCCAAAGCUACAAACCACUAGCUUCGUAGCUUCUCAAACAGGGCAGCUCCAAGUAGUUGAUCUAAUGAAUCCCAAUGCUAUUAACCUGCGACAAGCAAAUGUCACGUUUAUGCUCGGCCUUGAGAUAUCACCAUCAGGUGAGGCUCUCGCUGUCAAUGAUGCUGAGUGCCUCAUCCAUCUCUGGGGUUCCCCGUCCAAGAUCCAUUUCAAUGAAAUGAGCAAGGAAACUGAAUUUGCAGAUGUUCCUUCACGCCCCCCUUUAGUGGAUUGGUCGAAUGAUACCCCAUUGAACGUGAUUGGAAUUCCAUACUACCAUGAACGGCUGCUCUCUGCCUGGCCAAGUCACUUGAUUUUCGAAAUCGGAAGCAUUCCUCCACAAGUCGAUCAGGCCAUCAUUCCAUACCUUCAUGCUGGGGAAAUAGGACACUAUGGCCCCAACCCACGAAAGACUCGGAGAUAUCAAGUUGAAAACACACGCGCGCAGCCAACAGCAGAGCCAACUUUAGCUGCUCCUAAAUUUUUAAGCGAGCGAGCAAGGGCUCAAGCAAAGGCCAAAUUUGACAGCACCAUAAGUGAUGCGGCCGAAACUUUAGCGAAUACAACUAUUAAUAAAGAGGCAGGUGAAGAUCCACUUUUAAAAUAUGGUAAUGUCGAAAUCAAGUAUAGCAAAUUCGGAGUGGAUGACUUUGAUUUUAGGUAUUACAAUAAAACUGUAUUCUCAGGAUUGGAGACGCACAUUGCCAACUGCUUCGCAAACUCUCUUCUUCAACUGUUUAAAUUUAUUCCGUUGAUUAAGAAUCUAGCCCUGCACCACGUGGCAACGAGCUGUAUAUACGACAACUGUCUCCUGUGUGAAAUGGGAUUUCUCUUUGACAUGCUUGACAAAGCAAACGGACAAAACUGCCAGGCAACAAAUCUAUUAAGGACUUUUAGCGGUUUCCGGGAAGCUACCAAUCUUGGUCUCCUCGAAGAGAACUUGACUACAAAGUCUCUUUCGUCGACCAUUCAGUCGGUCAAUCGCUUUUUCCUGCAUCAAAUAUCCCACGAUUUUCGAUUGAUGUCGCCUCAUUCUGACCAAUUAGACCGUACCCUUUCAACUGAUGCGGUUGAAUCAAUCCGUUGCAUGCUUUGCCACAACGAGACCGUACGCGCCGGAAAUUCAUUCGUCAAUGAGCUACACUACCCGGUGAUCGAUCCCAAACAAACACGACACAAUAAUUCCUAUCGAUUUUCAGAUAUCCUCAAGUCCAGCAUUGAACGUGAAACACAAAACCGAGGUUGGUGCAGCCAUUGUCGCCGUUAUCAACAGGUUUCGAUCCGAAAGACAGUUCAUAGGAUGCCCCUGGUGUUGAUGAUCAAUGCAGCCAUAAACAAUCCGAGCACGCGACAAUUGUGGAGCACACUUGGGUGGCUCCCCGAGGAGGUGGGGUUCUUCCUUGAAAAUGGCCGCAUCCAGUGCUUCGAAGGCGAGGAGCUUGGAGCAUUUAAACGGAAUGGAAUUCCAGGCCUUAUAGUAUACGAACUGGUAGGACUCGUGGUGGAGAUUGAUAUGCCAGAACAUCACAAGCCACACUUGGUUUCUUUCAUAAACGUCGCAAUAUCCUCGCGUAAUCCAAAUGAAAAGGACGGAUGGCAUCUUUUUAACGAUUUUCUGGUGACAGAAUUAAAUCGAGAUGAGGUGUUUUCAUUCAAUCAAUCUUGGAAGUCGCCUUGUACUUUAGCGUACCAAGUGCAGAGUUCCCGGCAUGGUGUGGAUGAUUCUUGGAAAAGCGAACUUGAUACUACUCUUCUGUUCUAUGAGUGGUCUAUGAACAAUCAUCGUCCGAUUGAAUCCUGCAAAGUGCUACAAUCAGAUGAGAAACCUUCGGCGCGAACGCCAGUUGCCUUGGAUACCGAAUUUGUGGAUUUAGAGAAAGCCGAAAUUGAAGUCAAAGCAGAUGGAACCCAAGAAAUUGUUCGUCCAAGUAAAAGCGGACUUGCACGUGUUUCUGUCAUCCGCGGCUCUGGCACUGCUGAAGGUGUCCCCUUUAUCGAUGAUUACAUUACCAUAAAAGACCCGAUUGUCGAUUAUGUCACACAGUAUUCGGGUAUCAAGCCUGGUGAUUUAGACCCACGGACAAGCUCUCAUAACCUUGUGCCUUUGAAGGUUGCGUACAAGAAGUUAUGGCUUCUGCUUAAUCUGGGCUGCAUUUUCGUUGGACAUGGUCUGGCUUCCGAUUUCCGUAAAAUCAAUAUCCAAGUUCCCAAAGAGCAGACUGUAGAUACACAGUACCUCUUUUUCCACCCUUCAAAAAACCGCCGUCUUAGUUUACGGUACCUUGCAUGGGCUGUUUUCAAGGAGUACAUCCAGGAGACCACCAUCUUAACCACUUCCGCUACGCCCUCGGAAUCUGGUCAAGCUGCCACUGCCAGCACAGUGGUGAAUACAACUAGUUCUGAAGGGCAUGACUCCAUUGAAGAUGCUCUCAUGGCUCUCCGGCUCUGGAAAAAAUUCCAAGAAUAUGAAGAGGCGGGCAUCGUAUCGCAAAUCCUCGAAGAGAUAUUUCGUGAAGGGUUUAAACUAGGGUUUAAACCACCUUCCCGGAAUUCUUCUAAUUCUAUCCCCCUUACAACCGCUGUGGGCGCUGCUAUAACCCGACUUCCUGCCAGUGGUCGCAACACGCCUGAUAGAUCAAUGGUCGGAUCUGGAACGGUUAGCUCGGGGGGAAGCGUGAGUGGUAGUACACCGUCUACACCACGGCAAUCUUUCAGGAGAUCAACCGCCCUUACUCCUAGCAAUGGCAGUUUUGCAGGGAGCACCAGCAAAAGACCCGACAUUUUUGGGGGUAGCCCUUUGCGAUGA